CAGUAUCGGAUCUAGAGCACAGUACAACAUGUUGAAGACCGUAUGUUCCAGGGCGCAGAGCGAAACUUUAACUUUGACUCGUCGUAUCAGAGGGGACUAAAUACCAAAAUACAGCCAUGCUAUGAAUAUAGUUAUGAGUUUAGUCUUUGUUGAUUUGAAGGCUCUUCUUUGAUAUUUCGAUAAUACCGAAAUAUUUGCAGCAAAUAAGAAAGAAAGACAGACCGAGAGCGAGCGAGAGAAGGGAAUCAAAGAUGCAGGUCUCUGUGGUGCUGUGUAGCAUGAUAACUUUCUUUCUUCGCAGUCAAGGCGUGUUGGGCAGUGCGGAGUGUUCAUGCGGGCGCAACCACUUCACGUGUGCAGUGAGCGUGUUUGGGGAGUGUACAUGUAUCCCGGCCCAGUGGCAGUGUGACGGGGACAACGACUGUGGCGAUCACAGCGACGAGGAUGGAUGCAUGCUGCCCACCUGCUCUCCACUGGACUUCCACUGUGACAAUGGGAAGUGUAUCCGCCGCUCCUGGGUGUGUGAUGGGGACAACGACUGUGAGGAUGACUCCGACGAACAGGACUGUCCUCCUAGAGAGUGUGAAGAGGAUGAGUUCCAUUGUCAGAAUGGCUACUGCAUCCGCAGCCUGUGGCACUGUGAUGGGGACAAUGACUGUGGGGAUAACAGUGACGAGCUGUGUGACAUGCGUAAGUGUUCCGAUAAGGAGUUUCGCUGUACAGAUGGGAGCUGCAUUGCUGAACACUGGUACUGUGAUGGAGACACUGACUGCAAGGACGGAUCAGACGAGGAAAACUGCCCAUCUGAUGUAAUGACGGCCACCUGUAGUGUUGAAGAAUUCCAAUGUGCGUACGGACGCUGUAUUCUGGACAUUUACCACUGUGACGGAGAUGACGACUGUGGAGACUGGUCUGAUGAGUCCGACUGCUCCUCCCACCAGCCUUGUCGUUCUGUGGAGUUCAUGUGCAGCAGUGGGAUGUGCAUCAACGCUGGCUGGAGGUGUGACGGGGAGUUUGACUGUGAUGACCAAUCAGAUGAGAAGAACUGCACCACCUCCAUGUGUACUGCGGAUCAGUUCCGCUGUGCAUCGGGACGCUGUGUCAGGUUGUCAUGGAGAUGUGACGGUGAGGAUGACUGCUCUGACGGCAGCGAUGAAGAUGACUGUGAGAAGACUGGUACGUGUGUGGACACCCCUCCAUGUGCUCCAGACCAGUUUCUGUGUGGUAACGGCCGCUGUAUUGGCCAGAGGAAGGUCUGUAAUGAGGUCAGCGACUGUGGAGAUGGGACUGAUGAACACCCUCACCAGGACUGCCGCCCGCGGUCCAGCGAUGGCAACUGUAACCUGAAUAACGGAGGCUGUUCUCAGAAGUGUCAGAUGGCCAGAGGUCUGGUCCAGUGUACCUGUCAUACUGGCUACAGACUGAUGGAGGACGGCAGGGCCUGCCAGGAUGUGGAUGAGUGUGCAGAGGAGGGCUACUGCAGCCAGGGCUGUACCAACACAGAGGGAGGGUUCCAGUGCUGGUGUGUGCAGGGCUAUGAGCUGAGGCCUGACAAGCGCAGCUGCAAGGCGCUGGGUCCUGAGCCAGUGCUGCUGUUUGCGAACCGUAUAGACAUCCGCCAGGUGUUGCCCCACCGGUCCGAGUACACUCUGCUGCUGAACAACCUGGAAAAUGCCAUCGCUCUGGACUUCCACCACAACCAGGAGCUGGUCUUCUGGUCUGAUGUCACGCUCGACCGCAUCAUGAAGGCCAACCUGAACGGGAGCAAUGUGGAGGAAGUGGUCUCCACUGGCUUAGAGAGUCCAGGUGGUCUGGCUAUAGACUGGAUCCAUGACAAGCUGUACUGGACUGACUCAGGGACGUCCCGUAUUGAGGUGGCCAAUCUGGAUGGAACCCACCGCAAGGUCCUCCUAUGGCAGAGCAUGGAGAAACCCCGAGCCAUCGCACUGCACCCUAUAGAGGGUAAGAUCUACUGGACGGACUGGGGUAACACUCCUCGUAUCGAGUAUGCCAACAUGGACGGCUCAAACCGCCGCGUCAUCGCCGACACCCACUUGUUCUGGCCCAACGGGCUGACCAUCGACUACGCCGGGCACCGUAUGUACUGGGUGGACGCCAAGCAUCACGUCAUCGAAAGAGCUGACCUUGACGGACGGAACCGUAAGGCCGUCAUCAGCCAAGGCUUGCCCCAUCCAUUUGCCAUCACGGUAUUUGAGGAUAGCCUUUACUGGACAGACUGGCACACCAAGAGCAUCAACAGUGCCAACAAGUUCACGGGCAAGAACCAGGAGAUAAUCAGAAACAAGCUGCACUUCCCCAUGGAUAUACACACACUGCACCCGCAGAGACAGCCCGCAGGUGGGCGUAACCGAUGUGGGACCAACAACGGGGGCUGCAGCCACCUCUGUCUCCCUGGCAACAAGACCUAUACAUGCGACUGCCCCACGGGCUUCAAGAAAGUGGACCAGCAUAACUGUGCCCUGAGUCUUGACAAGUUCCUGCUUUUUGCCCGAAGGACGGACAUCCGACGAAUCAGCUUCGACACCGAGGACAUGUCGGAUGAUGUCAUCCCGCUGGCCGACGUACGCAACGCCGUGGCACUGGACUGGCACGCCGAGGAGGGCUUCAUCUAUUGGACGGACGUCACCACCGACUCCAUCAACCGGGCCCAAUGGGACGGCUCAAGGCAGGAGGUGGUGGUGGACACCAGUUUGGAAAGUCCAGCCGGUCUGGCUAUUGACUGGGUGACCAACAAACUUUACUGGACCGACGCAGGUACAGAUCGUAUCGAGGUAUCUAAUGCAGACGGCAGCAUGCGUACCGUUCUGAUCUGGGAGAAUCUUGACCGACCCAGGGACAUCGUGGUUGACCCAAUUGGAGGAUAUAUGUACUGGACAGACUGGGGUGUGAGUCCUAAGAUAGAGCAGGCAGGGAUGGACGCAUCCAGCCGUAUCGUCAUCAUCUCUUCCAACUUGACAUGGCCUAACGGACUGGCAAUUGACUACCAAACACAGCGCCUGUACUGGGCCGACGCCGGGAUGAAGACCAUCGAGUUUGGCAACUUUGACGGCUCAGACAGACAGGUGUUGAUUGGCAGUCAGUUGCCCCACCCCUUUGGGCUGACUCUGCAUGAGGAGAAGCUCUAUUGGACAGACUGGCAGUCCAAGAGCAUCCAGUGUGCCAACAAAAUGACUGGCCUGGGACGACAGACACUCGCCGAAAACCUGGAGAACCUCAUGGAUAUUCAUAUGUUCCACCGCUACCGCACCACCGUACGGACACCUUGUGCGGUGAAUAAUGGGGGCUGCAGUCACCUGUGUCUGUUGGCUCCACCGACAAAAGGCUCCAGCUGUACCUGUCCUACUGGCAUCAACCUUCAGCUGGACGGAAAGACCUGCACACACGGGAUGAGUAGUUUCCUGAUCUUUGCACGGCGGACUGAUAUCAGGAUGGUUUCUCUGGACAUCCCCUACUUUGCUGAUGUGGUGCUGGCUGUCAACAGAUCCAUGAAAAACACCAUCGCCAUCGGAGUGGACCCUAAAGAGGGUAAAGUGUACUGGUCAGACAGCACACUGAAGAAGGUGAGUAGAGCUAACAUCAAUGGGACGGCUCAUGAGGAUAUCAUCGCUACAGGUCUGAUGACCACUGAUGGUCUGGCGGUGGAUGCGGUGGGUCGAAAGAUCUACUGGACUGACACCGGAACGAACCGGAUCGAGGUGGCCAACCUGGACGGCUCCAUGAGGAAGGUUCUGAUCUGGCAGAACCUGGACAGCCCGCGAGCCAUCGCCCUCUACCACGAGAUGGGGUAUAUGUACUGGACAGACUGGGGGGAGCAUGCUAAGCUGGAGCGGUCAGCGAUGGAUGGCUCGGACCGUUUGGUUCUGAUCAGUAACAACCUAGGCUGGCCUAACGGACUGGCCGUUGACAGUGCCGGCUCACAGCUACUGUGGGCUGACGCGCACACAGAGCGCAUCGAGGCGGCAGACCUGAACGGGCAGAACCGCCAUACCCUGGUAUCCCCGGUUCAGCACCCGUACGGUCUGACCCUACUAGGACCACACAUCUACUGGACUGACUGGCAGAGCCGCAGCAUACAGCGGGCUGACAAAACCACCGGCGCCAACACCAUCACCGUACGCAGCAACCUGCCCGGGCUCAUGGACAUACAGGCCGUGGAUAGAGAGAAGCCACUGAGUUUCAAUAAGUGUGGUAGAAGGAACGGGGGCUGUAGUCACCUGUGUCUGCCCCGCCCCAACGGUACUUCCUGUGCCUGUCCCACCGGCAUCCUCCUCAAGGGGGACGCCAGGUCAUGUGACGACUCCCCCGAGACCUACCUGCUCUUCUCCAACCGGGUCAGCGUUCGACGCAUCUCCCUGGACACAAAUGACCACACGGACGUGCAUGUGCCCGUGCCUGAGCUGCACAACGUCAUCUCACUGGACUAUGACAGCGUGGACGGGAAGCUGUACUACACUGAUGUCAGCCUUGACGUUAUCAGACGGGUCAACCUGGAUGGUACAGGGAUGGAGACCGUGAUAAGCCAGGGUCUGAAGACUACUGAUGGUCUGGCUGUGGACUGGGUGACCAGGAAUAUGUACUGGACGGACACAGGUCGCAACACCAUCGAGGUGGCCCGACUGGACGGGACCAGCCGCAAAGUACUAGUCAACAACAGCCUGGAUGAACCCAGGGCCAUCGCUGUGUUUCCCAGCAAAGGGUACCUGUUCUGGACAGACUGGGGUCACAUUGCUAAGAUUGAGCGGGCACACCUAGACGGAUCAGACCGUAAAGUUCUGAUUAACACAGACCUGGGCUGGCCCAACGGACUCACACUGGACUACGACACACGCAGGAUCUUCUGGGUGGAUGCUCACCUGGACCGCAUUGAGAGUUCCGACCUAAAUGGAAAGCUCCGUCAAAUCCUCGUCAGCCCUGUGUCCCACCCCUUUGCCCUCACACAGUUGAAGCCGGUGUCCUCCCCUCUAACCCCUUUCUCCCGACUCUCGCAGCAAGACCGUUGGAUCUACUGGACGGAUUGGCAGACUAAGUCCAUUCAGCGUGUGGACAAACACACUGGCCGCAGCAAGGAGACGGUGCUGGCCAACGUGGAGGGCCUCAUGGACAUCAUCAUAGUCUCGCCACAGAGGCAGAGUGGCACUAACCACUGUGGAGUGAAUAAUGGAGGAUGUACUCAUCUCUGCUUCGCUAAUACAAACAGCUUUGUCUGUGCCUGCCCUGAUGAACCAGACAGCAGGCCCUGCUCCACCAUCUCAGGUUAUGUGCCAACCUCACCAGACAGAGAGACCACCAGCACCCCAGCCCCUAACAAGAUCCCCAAAGCCCCCACAGACACGCCUCAGCAAGGACCCCCACUGAUUAACUGCACAGACAAGAGCCUGAGUGUGGAGGGCUGCGUUGAGAGCAACGUGGUGACGGCUCCUCACGGGGAGGGGCUUCAUAUCAGCUAUGUGAUUGGAGGAGCAUUGACCAUUCUGGCCAUCCUGAUAAUCAUCACUGCCUUCAUUAUUUACAGACACAAAAAGUCCAAGUUUGCUGACCCCGGGGUGAGCAACCUGACCUACAGUAACCCCUCAUAUAGGACGUCAACGCAAGAGGUCAAGAUUGAGACCUCUCAAAAGCCGCCCAUUUACAACCAGCUACGAUAUAAGAAAGAGGGGGGUGGGGACAGUGGCUACACCAAGGAGAAGAUCCGCAUCGUGGAAGGAGUGUGUCUCCUCUCCAGCGAGGAGCUGUACUGGGAGGACCUGAAGCAGCUGAAGCCGUCGCGGGGUGGUCUGCACACAUGCAUGCGCACAGACACUGUGUCCCUGCAGGCCAGCAGCGCCUCGCUGGACGAUGGCGAGACAGAGCAGUUGCUCCAAGAGGAGACGUCGGAGUGUUCGUCCAUAAACACGCUGACCCCCGUCACCGUCACACCCCAACGCCAUCCCCAACACAGCCUGCCCGACACCGGCUGGACCCCCGCACGCAAACCCUCCACCGAGAGCGAGGUGUAAGGGAGGCCUCUUGCUUCACUGCCUCCCUACUCCUACUCUUUACCCUUAGUCCUCCUGAUCCCUUCAACUACACACCCUUAUACACACACACACGCACACCUGUAUACAGUAUACACAUACAUACAGUAAACGAUACGUACUUAUGCUUCAGGCCACAGUGAGUCAUACACAAACUGACACUCACACAGAUAGGUAGUACAUACAAACACUACAGCCACAUACAUACUUCAUGCUACACACACACAUUUAUGCAUGCAUACAAAUCUGGCAUCUCCUCGGCCCGCUGGACUUCGUCCUACACACACACAUCCGCACUCUUACCACCACCCUCUCACAACCACAGACUGACUCACUGCUACCAACUUCAGGCAACAGACUGAAUUACAAUUUACAAGCAUGCUGGAAAAAGAAAGCAAAAAAAAUACACUUUGAGAAAAGAAAUGACAAAGAGAGAAAGAAAUGACAUCUGGAGCCUUUUUAAAGAAUGCAACCCCUCAAGGUGAGGGCCGCUUAGUUGUGUAUAACAUUGCAUUUUUUGGUGAACUUUUUGACAAAGCUAAAAACGAUAUACUCCCGCAGGAGACUAUGUAACAAACUGCUCGCUCUCUCUAUAAUGCCACUCAUCAUAUACCAUGUCCUUAUGAACUCUAUUUAUGAACUUUUUGUUCUUUGAGUUGUUUUUUGCUGAUUUUAAAGUGUUGUGUAGAUCUGUAUUACAGUAUGACCCAGUCA